GACCUAACUUUGAAGACGCUGAUUGGAGUGGGUGAACGUCGUGGUGGGGUCUAUUUUCUUUGUGGUGUUGACUUCGUGAAGGCUUUUCAUGUGGAUGGUGGUACUACAAAUGAACUAUGGCAUAAGAGAAUGGGUCAUCCUUCCCCUCGUGUCAUCCGUUUACUUUCUGUCACACAAAAUAAAGUUAGCAAUAGUGGAAAUUUUAAUAAGAGUUGUGAUAUUUGUGCUCGAGCCAAACAAACACGUGAAAUAUUUACUCCCAGUAUUAAUCGUGCUUUGCAUAUGUUUGAACUUAUUCAUUGUGAUGUGUGGGGUCCUUACCGGGAACCUAGUACGUGUGGUGCAUAUUAUUUUCUGACAAUUGUGGACGAUUAUUCCCGUGCUGUUUGGGUUCAUUUGAUGGCAGGCAAAAUGGAGGUACCC